AUGAGCCACCGCACCCAGCCACAAUCUGUCUUUUUCAUCAGCAAGUGGUGAAAGACCUUUGAGUAGUGAUCAGUAGGGUGUCCAUUAAAAGAAGAGGGUUACUGUUCACAAUAGCUGUGCAUUUCACAUCUACAAUGUGCUAGAUCCCCUUUCAGAGCAUGAUGGGAGAGGGAUGAAACACAAAGCUCUACCCUCUGGAAGCUCCCCAGGCCAGUGGGAGAGACCAGAGAGGGGUGAAGGUCAGUGUGGAUUGGGGGACAGAGAGGGCUUUCUAGAAGUUGUGGAGAAGAAACAGAAUAGCACCCCAGUGCAGAGAGCUGCUUGGUCUGAGAUUUAAUUUUUAACUCCUUGUUACUGACCAGAGGCACACUAACAGUGAAACAGAAAUCUUCCCUUGAAAAAAACCAAUUCCCCUUCUGUGAACAGGAAGUGGCGAGGAGAGGAACAGAAGUGGACUACUCUAGGCUCAUUGCUGGCACUUUACCACAAUCUCACUUAAGCUGUGAAACAACAACCCCAUGCAGAUUCCUUCAUUCCCCUGAAAAGGAAUCGAAUCCCUGAGACUAACUUUCCAAGGUCCCACAAUUCCAACUAGAGUUUAGACUUCAAAUGUGGCCUUUCCAUUACACGGUGCUCCCACAAACUCAGAGCUCCAGGCUGGCAAGUGGGUGCCCAGGCUAGAAUCCUACAGAGGGAGUUUCACCUCUUCUGAACACAGAACCCUUAAGGGUAAGGGACAUUUUAGCCUCAUGGACGUGACCAAAAUGUGCAUGCUUAGGAGGCUAAGGAUAAAGUCACGCUUUCUCAGGGAGGGAAGUGCUUGUCUUACUCUCAGAUAUUUGCAACCCAGCCCCUGCGCUGAGCAAACCGAGAUCCCAAAGCGAGAAGAUGUUUGUUCUCUCAAGUCCCCACUGCCCUCACCCAGCUUCUCUCAGGCCUCUUUUCAUUUACAGUGUUUUUUGCAGGUUGCCAACAGGAAGGCAGGAUGGAAAAUGCCUUUCUUCCUCAUACCGUGCCUGCUACAAGGUUCUUCUUUCGCCCUUCCACAAGAAAGACCCCAUCCGAGAUGGCUGUGGGAGGGCUCUCUCCCCUCCAGGACCCAUCUCCGGACCAUGGGAACACUCAGGCCUUCGUCGCCCCUCUGCUGGAGGGAGGAGAGCUCCUUUGCAGCUCCAAAUGCAUUGAAGGGCUCAAGGCUGGUGUCUGGGGAGCCUGGAGGAGCUGUCACCAUCCGCUGCCAUUAUGCCCCCUCAUCUGUCAACAGGCACCAAAGGAAGUACUGGUGCCGUCUGGGGCCCCCAAGAUGGAUCUGCCAGACCAUUGUGUACACCAGCCACUACACUCACCAUCACUAUCGUGACCGUGUGGCCCUCACAGACUUUCCACAGAGAGGCCUAUUUGUGGUGAGGCUGUCCCAACUGUCCCCGGAUGACAUCGGAUGCUACCUCUGCGGCAUUGGAAGUGAAAAUGCCAUGCUGUUCUUAAGCAUGAAUCUGACCAUCUCUGCAGGUCCCUCCAGCACCCUCCCCACAGCCACUCCAGCUGUUGGGGAGCUCACCAUGCGAUCCUAUGGAACAGCAUUUCCGGUGGCCAAUAGAUGGACCCCAGGAACCACCCAGACCUCAGGACAGGGGACAGCAUGGGACACAGUUGCUUCAACUCCAGGAACCAGCAUGACCACAGCUUCAGCUGAGGGAAGCCAAACCCCAGGAGCAACCAGGCUAGCAGCUCCAGGGACAGGCAGCUGGGCGGAGGGUUCCGUCAAAGUACCAGCUCCCAUUCCAGAGAGUCCAGCUGCAAAAAGCAGAAGCAUGUCCAAUACAACAGAAGGUGUUUGGGGGGGCACCAGAAGCUCAGUGACAAACGGGGCGAGAGCCAGCAAGGACAGGAGGGAGAUGACAACUACCAAGGCUGAUAGGCCAAAGGAGGACACAGAGCGGGUCAGGAUCACUCUUGAUGCGGCCAAAAAUGUCCUAGGAACCAUUAGGCCACCAGCUCUGGUCUCAGAAACUCUGGCCUGGGAAAUCCUCCCACAAGCAACGCCAGUUUCUAAGCAACAAUCUCUGGGCUAUGUUGGAGAAACCACUCCAGCUGUAGGCUUGUGGACCUUGGGAACUCCAGCUGCAGGUGUGUGGACCUUGGGAACUCCAGCUGCAGGUGUGUGGACCAGCAUAGAGGCAGCAUCUGGGGAAGGAAGUGCUGCAGGGGACCUAGAUGCUGCCACUGGAGACAGAGGUCCCCAAGCAACGCUGAGCCAGGCCCCGGCAGUAGGACCCUGGAGGCCCCCUGGCAAGGAGUCCUCUGUGAAGAGUGCUUUUCCAGAAGAUGAAAGCAGCUCUCGGACCCUGGCUCCUGUCUCUACCAUGCUGGCCCUGUUUAUGCUUAUGGCUCUGGUUCUAUUGCAAAGGAAGCUCCGGAGAAGGAGGAUCUCUCAAGAGGCAGAAAGGGUCACCCUAAUUCAGAUGACACAUUUUCUGGAAGUGAACCUCCAACCAGACCAGCUGCCCCAUGUGGAAAGAAAGAUGCUCCAGGAUGACUCUCUUCCUGCUCAGGCCAGCCUGACUGCCCCAGAGAGGAAUCCAGGACCCUGAGGGACAGAAAGAUGAACUGCUCAGUUACCAUGGGAGGAGGACCAAGAUCAAAGGCCUCCAGGACCCCAGCCUCUUUCCAUCAUCCUUCCUUCACCUGUGGGAAGAGAAGCUGAUGAAGCCGGGGCUCCACCCACGGAAGAAAGGCUGGCUGUCCUUGGGCCCAAGAAAGUCAAGCAUUAUCCACGUCCGAAGGUUACAAGAUGACUCAAAGGAGACUUCAAGAAAGUUGUAUGAAACAUUGGAAGAGGUCACCUAGGAAAAGCGUGAAAUUUCCAUUCCUGAAUGUUUGAAAAUAGAAGAGGCUUCCAAUAAGUGUGGAAAGUGACAAAUCCUCUAUCAUCACUCCCAGCCCUUGCUGGGGGCCCCUUUUCUGACUAUUGUUAGCACUCAGCCUCCCACUCACAUUUAAUUGUAUUUAAGUAUACCAACCUUGCCUUCUCAAGUAGAUUCUAAGCUCCUUUAGGGCAGUAAUUGCGUUUUAUCUGUCUCGUGAUGUGCCCCAGAGAACUUCCAACUCAGUAGGACCCCAAUAAAUACCUGUGGCUGAUUGACUGACUUGGGGGCUCAGUGGCCCCUGGGCACCCUGCCUCUGCAAGAGCUCUGGGUCCCCCUGGGCAUCUGUCCCUCCUUUUUGGGGUCCCUUAGAUGACCCCACAGGCAGCUGGUUUCUACACUGAGACCAAAAGGGCAAACACCCAUUCUUCACAUCAUCCCCGCCCCCAUUUGGACCCAGGCUCAUUGUGACAUAGACCUUUUGACCUGGCCAAGAUUUUCUGGGAUUUUCCUACAUUCAUGGAGGAGCAGGGUAUUUUCAGUAGAUUCUUGCCUUCUUCAUAAAGCCCCUCUUGUUCAGCUGCUUAUAAAUCCUCGAUAUGGAGGACUAUUGGUGAAGCUGGAAGAUGGUUUUUGGGGGUGAGGUGGGAGACAAAAGAGAGGAAUUGUAUGUGGAUACUGCCCUGUAACUACAUCACCUCAUGCCUAUCAGGGAACUUUCGCUCCACCCUUGGCCCCACUGCCUUUCCAGGAAUCACAUCCACUCUUUUCUUUUGCCAGAUCCGCUGGCAAACUGUCUGGGCUCCAUUGUUGGAUGGAACAGCCUGAGCAGUGGAGGCAGAAAGGAAAGAUAGGCUCCAAUAUCAAGCUGAGAAUUGCCAGGUAGACAUUUCCAGAAGGCUUGGCCCUCCCUUCUAAGCUGUCAGCAGCACAGAAAUCCUUCAGUAAUACCUCUUCAUAUCUGGUUCUGAACACGGACAUUGUACCAAGAAAAUCAAGGAGAUGCAGGUUUCAUGGCUUGUAAGAGAAACCUGUUGUUUUGGAUAAGUAGGGAAGUUGCACACAUCUAACCACAUGGAAUCACAGAAUUUCAAAGCUAACAGAUCUUUAGAGAUUAACUAGUCUAAAGCCCUCAUUCCAGAAGAGAGGGACAUGAGGCCCAGCAGGGUUAAGUACAGGUGGGGGGCGCUUGUUUAAAGUCACCCAGUUAACCCAGUUAGUUAUAGCACCGUGAGGACUAGCAAAGAGAACUCGUGACUGUGGUUCAGGGCCUUUUUCACUUCACCAUUGCUGAGCAUUGUACCAAAGCAAAACUUAUUGUCAAAAAUCAAGGAUACCA